UACAAUCAAUACCGAAUAUUGAUAAAAACAAAAAAUGUAAAUUCUAAAAGCAUGUACCACCGAAGGAGGCAACUGCAUAAAUUAAAUUGUACAAUCUAAAGUCCGACUAGCAUGCGCGUCUCUCUACGCGCAGAUCUGGUGUCUGGAUAAACAAUUAUCGUCUGGCAAUCGUAUUGUAUAGUUCACUACCGGUCAAAGCUUCAUUUCCUCCAGCAGGUUACUCAAUGAUGGAAGUACGGCCGGAAUUAUUGACCGAAUUGAGUGAAAAGUUUUCCAAAAAAUUGUUGGACACAGGAAUCUCGGCUCCCGAUUUCUUUCAUCCCGCCGACAUUGCCAGAGUAGAGAAGAAAUCCUGGUUGAAAAGAUUUCUAGAACACAAUGAUUGUAAUGUGGACGAAGCACUUAAUAUGUUAUGGCAGACUUGCAUCUGGAGAAAAACAUUUGGAGCAAAUGAGCUCACAGAAGAUGUGGUCAAACGAGAAUACUUAGAGGAUGGAUUGUGUUUCAUUCACGGCCAUGACAGAGAUGGCAAAACAAUGUUUGUUAUUAGAUGUAAAUUGUACACAAAAAAAGGUAAAGACUAUGAGGAAUUACAAAAGGUUGUAGUGUACUGGUUUGAAAGAUUAGAAAGACAUACCAAUGGCGAUCAAAUAUCACUUUUCUUCGACAUGGCAGACACUGGCAUCUCGAAUUUGGAUAUGAACUUUAUCGAAUACAUGACUGGUCUUUGUAAAAAUUAUUAUCCGAAUUUUUUAAAUUAUAUCAUCAUAUUUGAAAUGCCAUGGAUAUUAGAAGCUGCUUUCAAAGUUAUCAAAUCGUGGUUACCACCUAAAGCAAUUCCGAAAAUUAAGUUUGUCCAAAAGAACAGUAUUCAAGAAUAUGUAAAUCAGAGUGACAUACUUAUCUCUUGGGGUGGUAGCAACGAUUAUACCUUUCAAUUUGUACCAGAAGCACAAACGAACGCGGAGGCUACAAUGAAUGGUAGACUUGACAACAAAAAGGUACAUUUUGCAGAAGGUUCUCCAUUAUUGGAGCAAUCUCCAAUUAGUUUCGGAGAACAGGGGGACGAAGAGGAGUUGUUGCUGUCUGUUGAACCAAAAACAAUCGCAUUCACGAAAACAGGAAAUGAGACAGCUGGAACAAUCACACUAAAAAAUAUAACAACUGACAAGCCUCUGUUUUAUAAGGUGAAAACUACGUCUCCUGAAAAAUUUAGGGUACGAUCGAGUUCAGGAGUUAUAUUGGCACAAACUAAACGGGUUAUUUCCGUUGUUUUGCAACCUGGAUACAAUUUACGAAAUCUUUUGCACAAUGAUAGAUUCUUAGUCAUGUGCCUUCCAUUGAAGGAUGCGAACACAUCCGCUCAAGAAAUAGCUGCACUUUGGAAGAGUGAAAUAAAGCCAGAGGAACAUAAAUUAAGAUGCUGCGACGGAGACGCUGAUAGUAAUGAUAAACUAAAACCUCAUUCUAUAUUGUCCGGAAUGUCCGAGAGCAGAACGAUGGACGCACUUUUCCAUAAUGUAGCACAAUUGAAAGAAAGUAACGCGAGACUUCGAAGCGACGUCACUUUCUUAAAAUACUCACAAUUAUUUUCUAUAAUAGUGACUAUUGUAAUGGCUAUGCUGGUUGUUUACGUUUUAAGGAUCGACAGUAAUAACGGGCCUAUGGAGCAAGACGACUGUCAUAUUCCCCAUAUAUAACUAGAUACGUGUUUGAGUUAUCUGUACAUGCAAUAGACAUAUUUUUAUUGUCCCGUAUUUAUGUUUACGAAGUGGUUGCAUUCGAUAGGCAUUCGUUCUUUUCUUUAUUCCUAGCUCAUGUGGUUUUUUUGUCUCUUCGAUAUCGUCGUUGUAAAAUGACGUAAAAUCUUUUUAAAUCCAUCAUUAUUGGUACACAAUAAGCAAUAAGUUGCUAUUAUUUUUAAUGAAUCUUUAUGUAUAAUAUAUUUAUCAGGAAGGAAGAUGUGUUAUUAUUACUAUAAAAAUAUAUGACUAAAUAGAAUUAUUUUUAUAACGUUUUACACAUGUUUCUAUAUGCUAUUCGUAUUCGGCAUAAAUUAUAUACAUACAGUGCUUUAUAUCGAUUCGUCAGGAAGAUUCAGAAAUUUAAUUUGCUUGUCGAUCAUUUGCGUUAUAUGCAAAUUAAACUCUCCAUUGUGAAAAACGUAUUAUGUAAUACACGAUAUAUUGUUUGUACGUUUUUUAUAUCUAUGUAGUAAUAUACAUAUGUUUCUGUUACAUCUAUAUACAAGGAUAAUAAACAUUAGCAUAGAUCAUACCAAAUUUGUAUUAAAACAACAAAGGAGACUUCUAUUAAGUCCUCUUUAUAUUACAUGCUAGGAUUAAUGUGUGUGUGUGUGUGAAUAGUUAAUUAUAUUUACACGUUUAUACUUUCUUAGUAAUGCCUUUAUAAAUUGUGUUACUACAAUAAAAUCUAUAUUUAUUAUAUAUUUACUAUAUUUACA